ACAGUACUUGACGGAUUUGAAUUGUCUUCUUGUUUACAUUCAUAUUUUAGUUCUGUUUUAGUAUUAGCGUGAAAUUUGUGUAACAUACACGAUCAAAUAUAGAAAAUUGUGUACGAAAUUGUAUUUAUAAUGAAAAGUUGAUAUCAACGAUUGACUGAGUGUAUAAAACAGUAAGAAAUGAGUGCCUCUAACGUCAGUGAAAACGAUUCCGAAGAAAUGGACGAUCCAACUCUUGACAUAACUAGUGAACAUUUCGAUCCGCUAAAGGCCCUUUACGCUGAAAAUGUGAAAGUUCCAUAUAAAAAUGCAAAAGUCUACGACAAUUUAAGUCAAUAUGAGUCGGCUAUCAAUCGAUUAAAAACAACCGGCAAGCAAACAACAAACCAAUCAACCAAUGCAGAUUCAGCGCCGUCUUCAUCCAAUACACAAACCAAAGCAAAAAGAUUUAAUGUGUCUGACGAACCGGUUGUUCGUCGAUUUUUACCGCAUCAACAAAUGGUAAAGGGACACCGCAAAGAAAAGCAUUCGAGGAACAUUUUAAAGAAAAUUGAAAAAGGAUUCGGAGGCCCGAUAGAUAGACUGAAAGUUUAUAUGGCGGAAAGAAAGCGUGUUAAAAUUUAUACCAGAAAGGAGCACGGAAUACUGGGUGACCUGACUGGUUUCAUAGAAUCGUUUGAUAAACAUUGGAACAUUGUUUUAUCAGAUGUAUGCGAAGUGUGGAAGAGAAAGAAAAUUAACUUCUGUGAUGCAGCAGACAAUGGACCUCCGGAAGAUUGUUCGCGGAAAUUGAAACAAUUAAAGCUCCAAUUUCCUACAGUGCACGUGAAAUCAUUGAACAGAAAAUAUGUUGAAUGUACUCGAAACGUUCCCCAAUUGAUGGUACGAGGCGAACAGGUGGCUCUGGUUAUGUUAGAUUCACCAACAAAGUAACGAAAUUUUGUAACACACGUAUAGAGUAAUUUUGUAAUAAAAAAGAAAUUGAAGUCCAUUG